AUGGCUCUCAGACUCGGCAGGCUACUGCCACGUCGUCAGUGGCAUUGGGCUGGUCUCAGCUGCCGGUCCUUUAGUUCCAGUGAGGUCAAUUGCUCCGGUCACAACAAAUGGUCCUCCAUCAAGCAUGACAAGGCCCGGAAUGACAAGGCCAAGAGCAAAGAAAGAGCCAUGAUGGGCAAAGAGAUUGCGAGUGCUACACAAAUGUGGGGUGCCGAUACAAAGUUCAAUCCCCGUCUAGCUCUGGCACUCUCGAACGCAAAGCGAGCCUCCAUUCCCAAAAUUGUUAUCGAUGCCGCAAUCGCACGUGGACAAGGUCUUAGUGUCUCAGGCCAAGCAUUAGAAUCCCUGACAAUCGAAGCGAUGCUACCGGGCAACGUAGCUGCAGUGGUUGAGUGCCAAACGGAUCAAAAGGCGCGCGUGCUACAAGACGUUCGCUACAUCAUCAAGGAUCACGGUGGCAUCGUUACCCCUACUACAUUCCUCUUUGAGCGGAAAGGGAGAGUUGUCAUGGAGAAGCAGGAGGCCACAGAUCCGGACGAAUACUUGGAUCAGGCAAUUGAGGCCGGCGCAACAGAUAUCACGACUGAUGAUAAAGGUCGCCUCGUGCUUUUGACGGAUCCGUCAGAGACAAAGACUGUUGGCGAAGUAUUUGCCAACCUUUCCAGUCUUGUGAUUGAAGAAUUGGAAAUGAUUUGGGAUCCGAACACGGACUCUCUCGUUGAGGUGCAAGACGAGGAACAAACAAAAGCUCUGGAGGACCUUCUGAGUGCUCUGCGGGAAGAUCCCAGUGUCCAAGAGAUCUACUUGAACUCGACUGAACAUUUCUAA